AUGGAAGAAGAUAAAAGCCAGGACCAUGAUCUACUAUCUACAACAUGGCUUCCCCCUCAGGCAUCUGAGCAUGAGGAGAAUGGUGAUGAGCUUAUGGGCGUUGAAAAUGGUGAAGAUAAUUUAAACAGCGUUGAUCCAUAUAUCGGAAUGGAGUUCUCUACUCAUGAGGAAGCUUAUAAUUUAUACAAUGCACACGCCAGACUUAAGGGAUUUGGUGUUCACAAGGGUCACACAGCUUGGUCGAGAAAGAAAGAUGCAAUCCUAUCUAGAAUAUUUGUAUGUGACAAAGAAGGCUUUAAAUCUUUAAAAGAUAAAAGAGAAGAUGGUCGGAAUGUAAUUCGAAAGUUCGAUACAAGAUGUGGAUGCAACGCAAGGAUGGUUAUUGGACUUGAUAGAAGCACUGAAAAAUGGGUGGUCCGAAAGUUAAACAGUAAGCAUAAUGGUCAUCCAUUAACCACCCCAACUCGGGUAAAGAAGCACUACUCACAUCGGACACUUCAUCGAGCUCAAUCGACAAAAAGGUUGAUAGAUACUCUUGACAAUCAAGGUUUACGGCCUUCUGCCAUUUGUAAGGUUGUAGACGUUGCUCAUGGCAAUGAACAAGGCUCUCUCACUCAACAAGAAUGCCAAGCACAACUUAGACUUAAACGAAGAAACAACGUCGGCCAUGAGUGCGUGAACAUAGUUCGUCAAUUUCAAGAGAAAAAGGUAUCUGAUCCUCAAUUUUACUUCGCACUUGAUUUAGAAAAUGAUGGGACGAUGAGAAGUGUUUUUUGGAUGGAUGGUAGGUCGAGGACUUCUUACUUGCAAUUUGGAGAUGUUGUUUGCUUUGAUGUUACAUAUAGAACGAACAAUUUAAAAUUGCCGUUUGCACCAUUUACGGGCGUUAACCAUCAUCGACAGUCUACUCUAUUUGGGUGUGCGUUACUGGCCGAUGAAACGGAGGAGACGUUUAUAUGGUUAUUUAGCCAAUGGUUAAAAUGUAUGUCGGGUAUAGCACCAGUAACAAUCAUCACUGAUCAAGAUAAAGCUAUGUGUGGUGCUAUUCACAAAGUUUUUCCUAAAACUCGCCAUCGCUUUUGUUCUUGGCACCUUCGUAGGAAUGCCUUACAAAAUCUUCAAUCAAUGCAUAAUGAUUAUGGUGAGGAUGUUGGUGUAAAGUAUAACAAAUGGUAUUGGAGUAAAUCGGAAGAAAAAUUUGAAAAGCGUUGGGAAGAAAUGAGGGACAAAUAUGGUGCAGAUAAAAGGAGUUGGUUAGUAAAUUUAUACAAUCAUCGAGAUCAUUGGGCUCCAGUGUAUCUUAAAGACACUUUUACUGCAGGAAUGACAUCUACUCAGCGGAGUGAGGGAAUUAAUGCUUUUUUUGAUCAUUUUGUGAAUGUAAAUACCGAGUUACAUGAUUUUGUUAAGCAGUAUGAUAAUGCUGUCAGAGCUCGCCGAGCCGCUGAACUUGAGCAAGAUUUUAAGUCCACAAACUCAGUUCCUACAUUGAUAAUUGAACAUCCCAUUGAAAAACAAGCUCUUUCCUUAGAACCCAUUGAUGAUGCUCAGAGACCCAUCGAUGGUCAGGAGCAGCCAAAAAUCGAUGGUAAAGUCAGCUGA